UAGCGCGUGGAGGCGAAGAGUGCGAGCGAAAGGCAUUAAUUGAAAUUAAGCAAGAACAAGCAAAGUGCCAGUUGUUGAGUUCCGAGAAAGGCUGAGGAGCGAAGAACGCGUGCCAGGCUCAAGUUACUUUCUCCCUGACUCUUUCUGGCGACCUUCUCGCUGUGCUUCAAGCGGGGAUCCAGUGAUCGGUCACAUUUCCACGUUCGUCUGGCAAUCAGUUCAGUUUUGAAGUUGCCUUGGCGACGGUGGUCGACGCUCUCUCAGUCACAACAACAGUCACCAGCACAGAUUUCAAGUUUGCGAGAAAGUCUCCUUCAAAGUCAAUAAUAAGAGUGUCGGGAGAGUCGUGUGUGUGCGAUUGAUUACCAUUUUAUUAUUUUCAAAUUGAUUUCAUAUGUGUUCGACUAAACGUGUUUGUGGCGCCUCAAUUGAGGGGCUCUUAUUGCAUUAAUUAUCGAAGUGCUGGGUCUGGCAUAUACAUAUAUUUAUGAAUACGUACAUAUGUAUAUGUAUAGACAUUUAACCCACUGCCCAACUAGCUUGAGAAGUUGCCCCACAACUUCUUACAACGGAAUAAGAAUUUAAAUUGUUUUCAUCAACUACAAAUGAUAUAAAACGAGGAAAUCGAUCAAAAAAUUAAGAUGAUCCGUUGAAUACCCCACGGACGAUGUUUACCGGCCGACGCACUACGGCGGCUACGUGAAUAGAGGCUACGAUGAUUUAGACAGUUCCUAUUACUUUGCCCAGUUCGAGGCGAUGGCAGAGGGUCGCGAUGGGGGAUCGGCCCUGCCACCCUACGAAACCACAGAAUCGGACGUAGAACCAGGUAGCGGAGAGGCGGAAGUCUCGGCGGAUGACUCCAACGACGAGCAGGAGGAAGUGUUGCGGGACUGUACGGAUGACGCGGUGGCCGAGCAGCAAAACCGCUGUCUGCCAGAGUUCCAGUUUUCGUUGGUCGACUCCGAGUACGACGAGACUCUGGCCUUUCCUGACUCGGUCACCAUCCUGUCCAACGUGGGCGACAAGCCGGUGCUGGUGGAGCGCAAGGAGACGGACGAUGACGAGGAGGAGUUCGACGACGAGGAGAACAACAGCGUAGUGCUGCGCCACGAAAUACCAUUUACCAGCAUCUACGGGCCGAGCGUCAAAUUUAACUCGUUCCAGCGCAAGGUCUUUAUUCCGGGCCGUGAGAUUCACGUUCGGAUCGUCGAUACGGAGCGAAGCGUCACAACACAUCUGCUGAACCCCAAUCUGUACACAAUUGAACUGACCCAUGGCCCCUUCAAGUGGACGAUCAAGCGGCGAUAUAAGCAUUUCAACUCUUUGCACCAACAGCUCAGCUUUUUCCGCACCUCGCUCAACAUUCCCUUCCCCAGUCGCAGUCACAAAGAAAAGCGUACGACGCUGAAAGCCACCGCCAGCCAGUUGGCCGAUGAGUCCACCCUGAAGGAUCUGCCUGCUCACACCAAGGUCAAGCCGUCCAGCACUUCGAUGAGUGGCGAAGGCCUCAGCAGCAAAACCGGCCAUGCCAUGGCUAUCAUAAGUCCCAGUCACAGUUCGAUUCUGGCGGGACUCACACCUCGCCGAAUUCACCACAAGCGCAAAAAGAAGAAAAAACGGAAGCUACCCCGAUUCCCCAAUCGUCCUGAGAGCCUGGUCACCGUGGAGAAUCUGACUGUCAGGAUCAAGCAGUUGGAGGAUUACCUAUACAACCUGCUAAACAUCAGUCUCUACCGUUCUCACCACGAAACGCUGAACUUCGUUGAGGUGUCCAACGUAUCAUUUGUUCCGGGCAUGGGUAUCAAGGGCAAGGAAGGCGUGAUUUUAAAGCGAACUGGAUCAACGAGACCAGGACAAGCGGGGUGCAACUUUUUCGGAUGCUUUCAAAAGAACUGCUGUGUGCGCUGCAACUACUUCUGCUCGGACGUAGUAUGCGGGACGUGGCGCAGCCGCUGGUUCUUUGUGAAGGAGACCUGCUUCGGCUACAUACGUCCGACGGACGGCAGCAUCCGGGCAGUGAUUCUUUUUGAUCAAGGCUUCGACGUGUCCACUGGCAUCUAUCAGACGGGCAUGCGCAAGGGACUGCAGGUACUGACAAACAACCGGCACAUCGUGCUUAAGUGCUGGACACGGCGGAAGUGCAAGGAAUGGAUGCAGUACCUCAAGAACACAGCCAACUCGUAUGCCCGCGACUUCACGCUGCCCAAUCCGCACAUGUCUUUCGCCCCGAUGCGCGCCAACACGCACGCAACAUGGUACGUAGACGGCGCCCAGUACAUGUCUGCCGUGGCCGACGGCUUGGAGGCCGCCCUCGAGGAGAUCUACAUCGCUGACUGGUGGCUCAGCCCCGAGAUAUACAUGAAACGACCCGCUCUGGACGGCGACUACUGGCGCCUGGACAAGAUUCUUCUGCGCAAGGCCGAACAGGGAGUGCGCGUCUUCGUGCUGCUCUAUAAGGAGGUCGAAAUGGCUCUGGGAAUCAACAGCUACUACAGCAAGUCCACGCUGGCUAAGCACGAAAACAUUAAGGUCAUGCGACACCCAGACCAUGCCAGAGGCGGUAUUCUGCUAUGGGCUCAUCACGAAAAGAUCGUGGUUAUCGAUCAAACCUAUGCGUUUAUGGGGGGUAUAGAUUUGUGCUAUGGUCGAUGGGACGAUCACCACCACCGCCUAACGGAUCUAGGUAGCAUAUCCACCGCCUCCUUUUCUGGCAGCACGCGUCGAACGCCCAGCUUGUACUGCAGCAAGGACGACACGGACUCGGCAUUCGGAUCGCGCAAAUCCUCGCGCAAUGCCCACUACGAGACAUCGUUCAAGGAGAGGUCACCAUCUUCACCGGCGGAUGAACCCAGUACUAGCAUAGAGUUAAAAACUUUGAAACCCGGUGAUCGCCUGCUUAUACCCUCUAUGCUGGUCCCGAGCCCGGGUGAAACGCCCGAUGAAUCGGGCAUUGCGCUGGAGGGGAUGAAGCUCAACACCCCUGAACUGGAGCGUAAGAACGUUCUUGAUCGCCUGAAAAACAACGCGAUGAAGGGUGCUCGUAUGGGUAAAGACUUUAUGCACCGACUUACAACCGCCGAGGCGGCGGAAGAGAAGUCCGGCGAGGUAUACACAAUCGAGACCGAGGAGGUCUCAGACCACGAGAUCACACCGAACAUGGCUUCUGGAGGGCAGGAAGCGGCAAUUGCCGCCAGCAGCACGCAAAUACUCAGCGAAUUCUGCGGCCAGGCGAAGUACUGGUUCGGUAAGGACUACUCCAACUUCAUACUCAAGGACUGGAUGAACCUCAACUCGCCGUUUGUGGAUAUCAUUGAUCGGACAACCACGCCGAGGAUGCCUUGGCACGACGUGGGUUUGUGUGUGGUGGGUGCAUCCGCCAGAGAUGUCGCCCGCCACUUCAUCCAGCGAUGGAACGCCAUGAAGCUGGAGAAACUGCGCGAAAACACACGAUUUCCCUACCUUAUGCCGAAGAGCUACCACCAGGUGAGGCUGAACCCCCACCUCCAUCAAAACCGCCAGCAGCGGGUAACCUGCCAGCUCCUGCGCAGCGUAUCCGCCUGGAGCUGCGGAUUCAUUGAGGCGGAUCUGGUGGAGCAGAGCAUCCACGAUGCCUAUAUCCAGACGAUCACCAAGGCACAGCAUUAUGUUUACAUCGAGAACCAGUUCUUCAUCACCAUGCAGCUGGGCAUGGGCGUGCCCGGGGCGCACAACAAUGUUCGAAAUCAGAUCGGGGAAACACUCUUCAAGCGGAUCGUGCGGGCGCACAAGGAACGAAAACCUUUCCGUGUUUUUGUGAUAAUGCCGCUCCUUCCAGGCUUCGAGGGCGACGUGGGUGGCAGUACUGGCAUUGCAGUUAGGGCCAUUACACACUGGAAUUACGCAUCCAUUUCCAGAGGACGCACUGCAAUUUUAAACCGCCUGGAGGAGGCUGGCAUUGAUAAACCGCAGAACUACAUCUCGUUUCACAGCCUACGAAAUCACUCCUUUUUGAACAACACGCCCAUCACGGAGCUCAUUUAUGUCCACUCAAAGCUACUUAUCGCUGACGAUCGAGUGGUAAUAUGUGGCUCGGCGAACAUUAACGAUCGCUCGAUGAUCGGAAAGCGGGACUCUGAAAUUGCGGCCAUCAUCAUGGACGAAGAGUUUGAGGAUGGUCGCAUGAACGGCAAGAAGUAUCCGAGCGGAGUGUUUGCGGGACGUCUGCGAAAAUAUUUGUUUAAAGAACAUUUGGGCCUCCUGGAGGGAGAGAGUUCCCGUCGCUGCGAGCUAGACAUCAGUGAUCCGGUUUGCAACCAGUUCUGGCACGGCACUUGGCGUAGGAUCUCGACACAAAACACUGAGAUCUACGACGAGGUGUUUAAGUGUAUUCCCACGGACUCUGUUAAGACCUUUGCCAGCCUGCGCAAAUACCAGGAGGAGCUGCCGCUUGCCAAAACUGACCCAGAGCUGGCCGCUAACCGAGCCAACGACAUACAGGGUUACCUGGUCAACCUGCCAUUGGAGUUCCUCAACAAAGAGGUGCUCACGCCGCCCGGAACCAGCAAGGAGGGCCUCAUUCCUACCUCUGUAUGGACAUAGUCUGCCAAAAGUCUCAAAGAGACUACUAGUGUUUAGAAUCCUAAGGCACAACUUUUAUUUAAUACCCACCAAAGGCGCUUGUCAUUGCCAAGUCAUACACUUUGUAUAUUGUAUAUAAAUACCCAAAAUAACUGUAGAUUCUAUCAAGUACUCGUAGGCUUGCCGUACGAUUAGUUAAAUUAUUUUACAGUGUUUGAUAUGUCUUCAAUUAGUUUUAAGAUUCUUGUUGUUAAUUUUUUGUUUAAACAGUAUUUUAUACCGAUGUACUCACGUUUAUUAAUGUGAAAUGAAGUGCAAAUUAAGAUAUAGUGUUUUUUAUUUUAAAUGCACUGGGCAUACCAAACCUAAAAUAACUAUAAUCAUUAUAUACGAGUCAAUUACAGGUUUGUACUACCAGUUAUUAUUCCGAAGCUUUAUUGUAAAACGUUCAAUAAAUGAGCUCCGAUACAAAUCUAA